UAUCAUCUCAGAAAUGGCAGCCAUCAAAAAGAUUGGCGCCUUUUUCGGCAACAUUCAAGCGUCGCUGAACUCUGGGCGCCAGUCGAUCGAGGACAACCUGAGCAAGGUCAAGAAGCUGUCGCUGAGCACCAUCAAGUCCGAGCUCGACAAUCUGAUUCCCGUCGGCGGCGACUCGAGCUCGCUGGAUCACGUCUCGGUCGACGCAGGAUCGGAAAUUGCCAUUCAAUUCGAACGCGAUUGGGUGACAAUUCAUAGCCUGCUUCUCGAGACCUCCACCAAAGCAAAGACUGCCGACGACUUCCUUGCAGCCAUCAUCACUCAGUGCCAAGCAAGGCACGACGGGAUGAAAAACUUCCAAAAGCAAGCUGCGACGCUCGGUGUCAUUGGCAUGAGCUUGGACGGCAUUCACCAGUCCGCAACUCAAUUGAGCGACCAGUUUGUUGCCGUGCAGUCCGCUCUGGAUGAGCUGGAAGUCCUCUGUGACCAGAUCGAUCACCAGAGGAGCAUUAUUGCGCACUUUCAACAGCAGGAGGACAAGGCGAAGCGCGCCGAGGAUCAAAAGAUCAAACAAGAGCAAGCCUUCCUGUCCGAGAAGCACAAGGCCUACUCUGACCAGGCUACAUUGGACUUGCUCAUGUACAAGCAAACGGGCAGCAUGGCACCGGUUCUCCUUGACGGCGCCCGCUCAAAGACCGAGCAACCCUCAACAGCGGUUGCCGAAGUCUCGAUUGCGGACUUGGUCGAUCAGUCCGCGUUGCAAGACUUUUACGCCGACUUGUCGACCGACUCCCGCUCGAUGGACGACACGAGCUCACUAGCUUCGUCGUCGUUGUCGACUUCAUCGCAGCAGAGCACGCCGCUUGCCGCGUCCAAGAAGCCCUUGCAGUCCAAACCAGUGACCAAAGUUGCCAACGUCGCGCCCGUCAUCGAAUCGCCGGUGCCUGUGGUUCGAAGCCCGAUGGUUGACACUCCGGCCUCAAGCACGCCUGCAGCGAGCACGCCUGCUCCGAUCGCCACACCUACUCUGCCUGACGAACCUGCAGCAGCCCCCGUUGAAGAGAAAGCGAGCGAGCCGGAGAAGAUUGAAGCGCCAGACACGACCGCUGCUGCUGCUGCUCCUGCUGAUGUUGCUGCUCCUCAACCCGAGGCUGAAGUAUCACUUCCUGAGCCAUCGCAGCCUGAACCUACUGCUGCUGCUGCUGCUUCGGAGGCUCCUGCGCCUGAAACCCCUGCCACUGUCGAGACCCCUGCAGCUGCCGAAACCACUGCUGAUGCACCUGAAAAGGACGAUGACGACGAAGGCGCGAAUGCCGCUUCCGCGUCGGCUGCUCCCAUCGCCACGGCAAAGAAGGGUGGCAAGAAGAAGAAGAAGGGCGGCAAGUAGAAGACCAAGUCCGCCAUCUUUUUGCGAAUCGCUUUGUUGAUUUUUCUGUGUGAUUAAAUAGAUUUGCUUCC